AUGGCUAUUGUUCAAGAUUGGCUCCCAGCCAGCCAAGAAAACUACGAAACAGUCCUAUUCUGGUGGAGAUUUUACCCUCUAUUGGCGUCUUUCCAAUGGAUUAAUUCGUGGUAUGGCAUGGGUAAAACCUCAGUUCAAAGCAAGUUCAAUCUACCCGGACGAAUUGCCUGGGCGACGAUGGAGGUUCCCGGUUUUACCACUCUCUUAUAUAUCAUGAGCACGCUUCCAGCUCAGCACGGCAUUGAGGACCUACCGUGGCAAAACAAAGUCCUUGCUGGCCUCUUCGUUAUUCACUACACUUACCGUGCCGUUAUCUUCCCCAUCAUCCAGCCGUCCAUGUCUCCCAUUCACGUGCUUGUCUGGAGUAAUGCUAUCAUUUUUCAACUAUGCAACGCCACCUGCAUAGGCAGCUGGCUAGCAGCAUACGGGCCAACCACCCAAGAAGAAUGGAAAGCCCAGAACUGGUCUGUUCUGCAAUUCUCAAUAGGACUUGUCCUCUUCUAUGUUGGACUCGCCGCAAACUAUUUCUCUGACGAGGAACUACGAGAGAUCCGCCGAGGUGAACUUCGGCGCCAAGCAAAAUUAAAGCAACAGGGCAGAACCGUCGACAAGCAUUACGAAGUUCCACAGAAUGGGCUAUUCAAGUAUAUGCUUUAUCCCCACUACUUCAUGGAAUGGGUCGAGUGGCUGGGAUACUGGAUCGCCGCCGGCAUCCCCUGCACACCCGCGAGGUCCUUCUUAAUUAACGAAUUUUUUGCCAUGCUACCCCGCGCUGUGUCUGGUGGGAAGUGGUAUAAGGAAAAGUUCGGCGAUGAUAAAAUUAAGGGGAAAUAUGUCAUUAUUCCUGGAGUCUACUAA